AUGGCAUUAUGGUUGUCCCGGAUUGCUCGAUCAGCCAUCGCGCCUUUGGAACGAAACAUCAAGCCAGAUGAGUUCAUAUCUUUCAAUGGUGGAGGACUGCAUGGAGCCUUUGAGAUUCCGAAUUACAGGCGAGCUCCUUUCUGGAAGUACUUCUGGGCUCAGCACUUCGUGACACGACAACACGUUUUCAACGUGCACCACACCGGGUACAUCGUGCUGUGCGUAUUUUUUUGGUGGACUGGUGCUUUUUCAACAGCUCCUAUGGAGCGACGGGAGAAGUACUACAUGCACUCGCCAAAGUUCCGAUUGCAGUCAGCGUAUGCAAAUCCAGGCACCCGACCAGCAGCAAAGAUCGCCCAGGAGCAGGCGAAGGUCCGGUACUUUUACAGGGGACACGACCAUGCCUUCACCCUCAAUGAGCUGAAGGACUAUUACUUCAAGCUCCGUGAAAACUGGCUGAUUCAGCACUAUCCUGGCAUCCAGUAUCCGUUUGUGCAUCGUCAGAUGAUCCCGGAGAAAACUGCAGAGCCAUUGAAGGUUCCAAUUUCAGAUCCCCUCCUCCCUGGGCACGGACAUUGA